AUGGCUGGCGCGCUCUCUCCUUCAGACACGGCUUCGCGAUCUUCAUUCUCCUCUGUCCGGGAAAACGAUGACGGGCUUGUCCAGACCUUUACGCGAUCCAAAGUCUCGUCCUACAUCGAGGCUCCUGAGGAUGUCUUCGACGAGUCUCCCACCUCUGAGCUUUCUCAGCAGCCUCUUUUCCAGGCGCCCUUGACCCAGCCGCACAGCAGGCUUCAUGGCUUCUGGUACCCGCCAGACAGCUUCAAAGGGUGGCGGGAAAUUACCCUCAGAGGCAAGAAGGCGAGCCGGAGCUUCGAUGAUUUGCGCAGGCUGUGCAUGAGCUGGGAGUCGCCGCCCACGUCUCCGGCCCCGAUCGCGAGGCAGCUCACCGGCAGCUAUGCCGUUGGUGAUGCUCCCCUCGAGAGGCUUCCCAGCGAGGUUCUGGGCUCCAUUAUUGACCUCCUGGUGGUCGAGAUUCCGCCCAACGGACUGACCACGCGCAAUACGGACUUGAUGGCGUUACUCCUCACAUCUCGGUCUAUUCAUGCCACUACGCUCACAACGCUCUACCGCCACAUCACGAUUCCUCACUCGCGGAUUUUCCGCAAGUUCCUGAAUACCAUUACCGGGUAUCCUGCACUGGCCACCAUUGUUCGGCGACUUGACUUUAGCCACUUCAACCCCUCGAUGCAUUUUUCCACCGCCAGCGAACGCGCCAAGACGCAGAAUCUCACGGCAGACACCCUCGCUCAGUGUCUGGAACUGACUCCUUACCUGCAGGAGUUCCUAGCCCAAGAGUACAUUGACUGUGAUCUCGGACCUCCUGUCCUUCGAAAGUUGUUCUUCGACUUGCCUAACUUGCGGGCGCUGGACUUUUGCGGCUGCUCAUCCACAGUCUUCAAAAACUCUUUCAACACACUUCUUGAGGACACUUGGCCCAGCGAGCUCUCCAUUACCAGACUCUCCUUCCACAGGUGCCUCGGACUCCCGUCGACAGUUUUCGAAACGAUUCUGCCUCGGUUGAGCAAACUCACCCAUCUGGACGUCGCCGGCACGCGCAUUACUGAUGAGGCUCUGGAAAGGAUCCCUCACACUGCGCGACUGACGCAUCUGAACCUUGCUAAGUGCAAGGAGCUGUCCGCCGAAUGCGUGGUCAAUUUCGUCACGUCGCAUCCAUCCACCAAAGAUUCGCUCGUCUUCUUGAGCUUGGCUACCGAUCCGGCUAACCACCUGCUACUCGGGAAGGAAGACAUUGAUGGCCUGCUUCCGCGCUUGCCCAAGACCCUCAAGUCUCUCAGCUUGCGUGGCAGCAGAAUGCACUCCUCUCACAUUCCCGAACUCAGUCGCCUUGCCCAGACACUCGAGGAACUUGCCGUCGGUCGCGGUUUGGAAAUGGGAGAUAUCCACAAGUUGUUCUGCAGCGGCCAGGAAUGGCUUCAGCACAAUCUCAAAUUCCUCGACAUUUGCGACAUUGAAACGAUUAUUGGCAGCGCGAGCACCCUGCUUGCGCCUGCAUCUGCUCCGCUCCGCGUCAUUGAGAUUGCGGAACGGGCUUACGAGCGUGCUGCCAAGCUAAACAAGAACCUCCAGCGAGUGGGCUGGGUUGCCAAGGAGUUUGGCAGCCGGUAUUGGCUGGUGCGCAUGGAUCUGGAGGGCUCUAUGCGAGACAAUGGCUGGCGAUGGUGGAAGAUGGGUGCGGAAAGCUGGGGUAUGAGAAAGGUACCCGUCGCAACAGCAGAAGUUGGUGGAAUGUAUGGUUCAUUUAUGUUUGGACGACGAGUGUAA